UAGUGAGUGGGCCGCCACGCCACCACGCCGCCUCGCCGCGUCUGAAGCACUACGCGUGACAUCGACAAACCCAACGUCGGAAUUUACCACGACGCCAUGGCAGGCCCCUCUCGAACUCCUGGGAAGAAACAGGCCUCGCUGACCAGCUUUUUCACCGCCAAUGGAUUAAGCAAGAAGCAGGCAAGGUCUCCCGGUGGAGGCUCGGCCACAAACAAGAACAAGAACGACGAGGACGAGGAAGAAAACACGGAAAAGACUAUCGGGCAGGGGAAGGGGAAGGACAAGUCUUUGUCGAUAAAUUUGUCCGUCUCGGAUUCCACCCGGAAACGGCCUUUGCAAGACAACACUGGCAAUGGAAACGGAAGAUCGAGUCGCUCAGCAAAGCGUGCAAGGUCGGUUUUGGACGAUGACGACUCUGACGAAAUCUCCAACGCGCCCGUGAAGGCAUCACCAGACCACACUUCCAUUGCCGAACCCCCAAGCUCAUCGUCUCGGACCGAGCGGUACACUUAUAAUGUAGACCGCCCCGCCUCGGAUUUGUCUGCGCUCAGUGGGGACGAGGACGCGGCGUCGAAGCGGAAGAAGGAGGAGCUGCAUAGAAAAUUCGUCAAGAAGCUCGGUCACCCCGACAGCCUGCUCUCGCUCAGGAGACGCGAGCUCCUUGGCCAAAGUGAAAACACUGGCGUGGAUGGAGAGGGCGAAGAGGAAGGCGGCGACGCUGAGGAGGACGAGACCCCUCCGCCAACAAAAACCAAGAAGAAGGGCGCCAAGACUGGCAAGCUCACCCCCAUGGAGGUUCAAUUCCUCGAUAUCAAGAGGAAGCACAUGGAUACCGUUUUGGUGGUUGAGGUUGGCUACAAGUUUAGGUUCUUUGGCGAGGACGCCCGGAUUGCGGCCAAGGAACUCAGCAUCGUUUGCAUCCCCGGCAAAUUCAGAUACGAUGAGCACCCAUCAGAAGCCCAUAUCGACCGCUUUGCCUCGGCCAGCAUACCCGUUCAUCGAUUGAGUGUUCAUGUCAAACGUCUUGUUGCCGCGGGGCAUAAAGUUGGUGUCGUUCGCCAGUUGGAGACGGCAGCGCUGAAAAAAGCCGGCGAUAACCGGAAUGCACCGUUUGUCCGGAAGCUCACCAAUAUCUACACCAAGGGGACCUACAUCGACGAAACAGGAGAGCUUGACCAGUCCGGAGAAGGCACUGGCGCUUCCGCAGGAGGCUACUUGCUCUGCCUGACCGAGUCGCCGGCAAAGGGUCUGGGGGCGGACGAAAACGUCCAUAUCGGCGUCAUCGCGGUGCAGCCUGCGACAGGCGACAUCAUCUACGACGAUUUUGAAGACGGCUUUAUGAGGCGUGAGAUUGAGACGCGUCUGCUACAUAUCUCCCCGUGCGAGCUUCUUGUGGUGGGUGAGCUUUCUAAAGCCACCGACAAGCUAGUCCAGCAUCUCGCCGGCAGUAGCACCAACGUCUUUGGGGACAGGAGCCGUGUGGAGAGGGUGCCAAAGAGCAAGACGAUGGCUGCCGAAGCUUGUUCGCACGUCACUCAGUUCUAUGCUGGCAAGGCCAAAGGCGACGACGAACGCUCGUCAACCCUCCUCGACAAGGUUUUGAAACUGCCGGAGUCUGUGACGAUAUGCCUGUCGGCCAUGAUCACCCAUCUGACCGAGUACGGCUUGGAACACAUCUUCGACCUGACCAAGUACUUUCAAUCGUUCAGCACGCGACAGCAUAUGUUGAUCAACGGUACCACGUUGGAGAGCCUGGAGAUCUACAGGAACGCAACAGACCAGUCCGAAAAGGGAAGCCUGCUGUGGGCGUUGGACAAGACACGGACUCGCCCCGGCCGGAGACUGCUGAGGAAAUGGAUCGGCCGCCCGUUGCUAGAUCAAGGACGGCUGGAGGAGCGAGUCGCCGCCGUCGAGGAGCUGCUCGAACACCAAUCCACCAUCAAGGUCGAUAAGCUAGGCGGCUUGCUCAACUCGAUCAAGGCCGAUCUCGAACGGAGCCUGAUCCGCAUCUACUACGGGAAAUGCACCCGCCCGGAACUCCUCUCGACCCUACAAAUCCUCCAACGGAUCUCUAUCGAAUUCUCUAGGGUGAAGACGCCGGAGGAUACGGGCUUCAGCUCACCCCUGAUCGUCGAAGCAAUUUGCUCUCUGCCGGGAAUAGGGACAAUCGUUAGCGCAUACCUCGACAAGAUCAACCCCGAAGCCGCGAGGAAAGAUGACAAAUAUACCUUCUUCCGCGAUGAUGAGGAGACUGAUGAUAUCACCAACCACAAGCUGGGUAUCGCUGCCGUCGAAUCGGAUUUGGAUGUCCACCGCAAGGACGCCGCCGCGAAGUUAUCCAAGAAGACCCCCGUUACCUAUGUCACCGUGUCCGGCAUUGAGUACCUGAUCGAGGUCCCCAACACGGACCUGAAACACGUACCCGCCUCGUGGGCCAAGAUCAGUGGCACCAAAAAGCUAUCCCGCUUCCAUACCCCCGAAGUAAUGCGCCUGAUGAACGAGCGGGACCAGCACAAGGAAGCCCUCGCCGCGGCCUGCGACACCGCCUUCACAGACCUCCUCAAGUCCAUCGCCGCCGAGUACCAGCCCCUCCGCGAUGCCGUCGCCUCGCUAGCCACCCUCGACUGCCUCCUCUCCCUCGCCCAAGUCGCCGCCCUCCCGGGCUAUUCCAAACCAACUUUCCUGCCCACUCCGACCCCGCCCACCAUCUCCAUCACGUCCGGCCGUCACCCCAUCGCCGAACACACCCUCCCCGACGGCUACAUCCCCUUCACCACCUCCCUGGCCUCCCCCUCGCCGCUCGCCCAGCUCAUCACGGGGCCCAACAUGGGCGGCAAAUCCAGCUACGUCCGCGCCGUCGCGCUGCUCGUGCUCCUAGCACAAAUCGGAUCGUACGUGCCGGCCGAGGCCAUGUCCCUGACCCUCACGGACGCCAUCUACACGCGGAUGGGGGCGCGCGACAACCUGUUCGCGGGCGAGAGCACCUUCAUGGUGGAGGUGUCGGAGACGGCGGCGAUUUUACGCGGCGCAACGGCACGAUCGCUCGUCGUGCUGGACGAGCUGGGCCGCGGCACGUCGACGCACGACGGCGCCGCCAUCGCCCACGCCGUCCUCGCCCACGUCGCCCGCGAGACCCGCUGCCUGACCCUCUUCAUCACCCACUACCAGAGCCUCGCCCGCGUCGCCGAGGGGCUGGGGGGCGCCGUCCGCUGCGUCCACAUGCGCUUCGAGGCCGCCAGCCCCGGCGAGAACGACCGCCUCCUGCCCCCCCGCGGGGACGGCGAUGCCGAUGGCGAUGGAAACGAGGAUGCGGACGGAGAAGAGGGGGUCGGUGACGAGGAGAUCACGUUCCUGUACGAAGUCGCCGACGGGGUGGCACACCGGUCGUACGGGCUCAACGUGGCGCGGCUGGCGCGGAUCCCGCGGCGGGUGCUGGACGUGGCGGCGCGCAAGUCGCGCGAGAUGGAGGAGGGCGUCAAGGCGCGGCGGCUCCGGGGAGCGGUGCGCCUGCUGGAGGAUGUUGUUGCCGGUGGUGGCGGCGGAGGUGGUGGUGAUGGGGAGGACCAGCUGGAGCAUCUGGUGUCGAGUAUUGAGCAGCUGUAGGCAGGGAGUUACUUUCGACAGAGUU